CAACUACAUUUUUCACCACAACCACGACACUAGUACUACUACAUGUCUACCGACAGAGGCGAGGGUCGUCGCGAGGAUGCGUUCGUCAAGCAACGCAUGCAGAACCGCGAAGAGUACGAACGACAGAAGCAGAAACUCAUCAACGAAACGGAAAAGUCUCGUCCCUCAGCAAACAAGUUCGUGGGCCAGAAUGAUUCGAUGGAGGAUACCCUUAAGAAUAGCACCGUCGGCCUCGUACACUUGGAGGUUUUUCAACAAAGGAGGAAGGAAAUCGAAGAAGCGAAGGCACGCGAGGCGGCGCGUACAAAUGAGCUCAAAGAAGAGACAAAGAAAGUGAAGAAACGUAAAAAGACCAAGUCGACACUGUCGUUCGCUAUUGACGACGAUGAAGGCGAUGGUGAGACUUCCUCCAGCCAGACGCCCGACACGGAGAACGGCGAGUCUGCUCCCAAACGUACCAAGUUUCGCAAGAAUCCAGACGUGGACACGUCCUUUCUCCCUGACCGUGAGCGAGAAGAAGCUGAAAGGAAGGAAAGGGAGCGACUACGGCAGGAAUGGCUGCAAAAGCAAGAGGAGCUUAAAAUGGAGGACAUAGAGAUCACGUACUCAUACUGGGAUGGAAGUGGGCACAGGAAAUCCGUGGUGUGCAAGAAAGGCGACACGAUCGCCAAUUUCUUGGAGAAGUGUCGCCAGCAGUUUCCGGAGCUGAGGGGCGUCAGUGUUGACAACCUGAUGUAUGUCAAGGAAGACCUCAUAAUACCCCACCACAAUACGUUUUAUGACUUCAUCGUCAAUAAAGCUCGGGGCAAAUCAGGACCUCUAUUCAAUUUCGACGUCCAUGACGAUGUCCGGUUACUUUCUGAUGCGACGAAGGAGAAGGACGAGUCGCAUGCGGGGAAAGUUGUUGAGAGAGGCUGGUACCAAAGAAACAAACAUAUUUUCCCGGCAUCGCGAUGGGAGAUUUACGAUCCGAAGAAGGACUACGGGAAGUACACUAUCCAUUGACUGUUCUAUGUACAUGCAUGUCGUAGGAGGAACCAAAUAC